AUGUACAGUGGUCUUCUGCCCAAAGGUUUGACAGAAGACGACCUUAGUCCGGAUGACCAAGAAGAACAAGAGGAGCGUGAAAAUGAGCUCGUGGAAGACAACGAUGGCUCCGUUGCCAAGACACCUACGGUUAUCGAUGCCAAAAAUGAAACGACAAGCUCCCUGCCGGGUAUUUCACAGGAAAUGUGGGAUAAAUUUAACGUGCUACGAAAGAAGAAAGAAGAGACGAUGAUGACGAAAAUCCCGAGGAAAAAAAGAAGAAAAAGACAAAACAAGAAAGGAACCAAAGGCGAACAGCCAGCAGAGACGAGCAGAGAGCGUCAAGAGGAGUUGGAGAAGCACUGGGAUGGGCUUAAGCAAUAUUUUGGUGUAAAUGAUCGAUUUCAUCCCCCUGCAUGUUCUAAACCCCCACCAAAGUCCGGCCUAGAAAAGAGCAUAGAGAAGGCCAUCGCUGAAGGGGACACUGCAAAGGCGGAGGAGAUGAGCGACAGACUCGCCACUCGAGAGCUGGCUGUGAAAAUCGCCGAAGCCACUGAUUGCCGUGACUUUGUGCAGCGCAAACAGGAAGAGGACGCUUUGAGGGCAGCGAAGAAAAGGAAGAAGCAAAUAGCUUGGGGGUUCGAGGCAAAAAAACGCUGGGAAACCAAAAGCAACAUGGGCUACAUGUGA